ACCACACCAAAACCCGCAUCCAUAAACAAGAAAAAGAAAAGAAAACCCCCGCUGCCAGCGACAGAAGAAGAAGGGGUCCCUUCUCCUUGGUUGCGUUGCGCCUCCCUCCUGUCUGCGUGCGUGCAAUCGACGCAGAGGCGCGGGCGCUCGCACCACCACGACCACGACCCGAUGGCUUUCAUGCGCUCCCGCUCAAAUGCAUCUUCUGGCAUGGGAGUUGCUCCUAACAUUAGGGAGACAUUCGUCGAGCUUCAAAUGAAGAAGGCAUUCCGAUAUGUUAUCUUCAAAAUCGAAGAGAAGCAAAAGCAGGUGGUUGUGGAGAAGACAGGGGCUACUACUGAAAGCUAUGAUGACUUUUUGGCCUCUCUCCCAGAGAAUGACUGCCGAUAUGCGCUGUAUGAUUUUGAUUUUGUUACUGGGGAGAAUGUGCAGAAAAGCAAGAUUUUCUUCAUUGCCUGGUCCCCAUCGACAUCCCGCAUACGUGCUAAGAUGCUGUACUCCACGUCGAAGGACCGCAUCAAGUACGAGCUUGACGGGUUCCACUACGAAAUCCAGGCGACCGACCCAUCGGAGGUGGACAUCGAGGUUCUCCGGGAGCGGGCUCACUGAAGCUGGUUCUCCUUUUGAAGGGACCUGUGGAGGGCCGUGAACCUUCAGCCAGAUGCAAAUUCAAUUAUCAACGAUGAAGCUCCCGCCGUGGUGUUUGUUAAUAAGUUCCUGUAAGCAUAUCAUUUAGUCGCUAUGCAUGACACUAGCUGAAGCGCUAUCUAAGCUCUAUUGGUAUGAGGUUUGGUUGCCGUGUUGCCGAGCCUGUAAACGAAGCAAGAUUUGCAAACUUGUUAUAUUGUGGUAUUGAUGAUACUGGAUUACUGGC